CGGAAGGACUUUAUUGUCCGAGCAUCCGUCUUCCGGUCGUGGGCAACAUGGUUGUAGAGGUGUAGCUGUACAUCUGCCAGCUUAUUCGAUUCAAUAUAAAAAUCUGUGUCCAUUUGACAGCUGUAUUGAUAUCGAAUAAUAUAUUUAUCAAGCAAUCCUCAGUCAAAAUGAAUAUACGCAACGCGCGGCCAGAGGAUCUGAUGAACAUGCAGCACUGCAACCUGCUGUGUCUUCCAGAGAACUAUCAGAUGAAGUAUUACUUCUACCACGGCCUGUCCUGGCCACAGCUGUCUUACAUAGCAGAGGAUGAGAAUGGGAAGAUAGUGGGAUAUGUUUUGGCUAAAAUGGAGGAGGAUCCUGACGAUGUGCCUCAUGGACACAUUACAUCACUGGCAGUUAAACGCUCUCACAGGCGUCUCGGACUGGCUCAAAAACUGAUGGAUCAAGCCAGCAGAGCCAUGAUUGAGAACUUCAAUGCCAAAUAUGUCUCUUUACAUGUCAGGAAGAGUAACCGGGCCGCUCUUCACUUGUACUCAAACACACUUAAGUUUCAGAUUAGCGAAGUGGAGCCCAAAUAUUAUGCUGAUGGAGAAGAUGCUUAUGCCAUGAAGAGGAAUCUCACACAGAUGGCAGAUGAGUUGCAGAAACCAGGUGUUCGUCUGUGGGGCUCAGAGGCUUCACCUUCUCAGGACACCUCUGUGACAGGCCUGGUGGAGAAGCUGACGGUGCAGGACGGAGAUGGAGACAGCGGAGGAGAGAGUAAAGAAAUGAGUGAGGUCAGCGAGGCCACAGAGAGCACAGACGUCAAAGACUCCUCGUCAGACUCUUAACUCACAUCUCCGUGUGUUCACACCCAUCAUAGAGGUUUCAAAUCGGUUUACAGUGUUUAUAUGCUCUUUUAUUUUCAGAAUACAGGAGAGUGACCUUGUAAAAGCGGUUCACGACUAUGAAAUUAUUUGUCAGGAGAUUUGCCAAUAAAAUCGAAGAGUAAACAUC